UUUCCGUGGUUUAGUCCAUGGGUUUAUAGAAGUUGCGCCUGCGUAUCUAGUACGGUUCGGGGAAAACCCUAAAAUGUCUGAAUCACCGCCGAUCGGUAAUGAGCCUGCUGCUAAAAGAGCCCGCAUUGAUGAUGAUGAUAAUGAUGAAGUGGAGAGAAAUGAUAAUAUUGAAAUAUGUGCAGAUGAGCCAACCAUAUUGGAAUUUCUGAACAGAGAUGUCCUGAGCAUUAUAUUGGAUAAAUUGAGUACUGAUGACAUUUUGGGCACAAUAACAGUUAGCAGGAAGUGGCGUAAUGCAAUUUUGGAGUAUUUGGAAGGUUCACAUUAUUGCUUCGAACACUACUAUUUGCCUAGGUUACAUUUUGUGCCACGUCUCCUCGGCUUAGUAAGCACCAAUGACGUGCGUGGUAGUCGCUCCACGCCAUUUGACACAUGUGUUGGAGGUUUGCGAAAUUUUCAAACUAAAAUCAUGGAGUUGGGCCCAGGAAUCGUCAAGAUUAUAUUGGAUUGCCUUAACGAGAACAGCUUGAAAACAAUCACCCAGAAUUGUCCUAAUUUAAAAGAACUGACGGUAGUUGCAAUGCAAGAACAUUCCACCCACGAGGUAUUUUUACGGAAUGGAACACGACAGUGUGAACCGCUGUCGUUUACCGAGGAGGUCCGGCAAUGCUUGCAGGAGUUGCAGUUGAAACGUGUCAUGUUCAUCGAUUGCAAGAUCGUAAACGAUGAAUAUGUCAGCGAGUUUCUUAAGAGCGACUCCAUCGAAGAACUAAUAGUCACCCGUGGUUCAUCAGUGGAAGGAGAUUGCUUGUCCUGUCUGAGCCAGAAGAAGGAGAAUAACUUAAAAUCCCUUCGCCUAGUCGGUUGCGAGUUGGAGUACUUGGACCGCGCCGUCGCUAACCACCUAACCAAGCUUACGACGUUAGACCUAAGCAACAACUCUUUUGAGUUACUACAAUGUUUACCCCCGUUGUUGGACAAAAUGUCUGAUUUGGAAUAUUUAUUUUUGAAUUGCUAUCCGUAUACGGACUCGGGAAAGGUAUUUGCGGAGUCCCUCGGUCGGCUCGGCCGUUUGAAGCACCUCAGUCUGUGUUGGAACGAUAACGUGAGCGACGAAUGGCUGGAGGCCGUGGCGCGAGGAUGCCCGGGGCUGCAAACUUUGGACAUCGAGACAAAAACUUCCGGGUACCGGCUGGACCGCGCUACGGUGACCGCGGCGGGCAUACUCGCGCUGUGCCGCGCCGCGCCCGCCCUCGAGCACCUCGGCCUCGCCGGCAACGGGGACGUCACCGACGCCACGGUGGCCGACAUAGCGGCCGCCUGCCCCAAGCUCGAGUCUGUGGACUUGCGCGGGUGUGCGCAGAUAGCGCAGAACACGGCCAUUUUGACGGCGCUGGCGGCGCCGCGGCGCCCGGCGGGGCCGCUGCGCCUGCGGCUCGCGCGCACCGCGGCCAACACAUACCAGACACGGGCACCACAAGGACUGAUUUUUGACUUCGUAGACGCUCCGAGGUUGUUUAGAUUAGUGUAAACAAUACACAGGAAACAGUUUCUGGGAUUUAUCCUAAUCCAGGUAACUAAUGA